AUGUCGUCCAGUUUAAGCGAUGUCCCUGAGCUGACACCCAUUGAGCGUGUUGGGCCAAGAGGGUAUCUUCGCUAUGUUUUCCCAAUGCGGCUGGCAGAUGAUACCAAUCUCGAAAGAGCCAUGGAAGUUCUCAAAGGGGGCUAUAAAGCUGCCUGCCAGAGAAUUGGCUCCAUGGCUUCAGAGGCAGUGCCCAAUGUCAAAGCAAAGCAGGCGAAUGUGCUUAAGUUGCAGAAAUUGCCCGCUGACUUGAUUGGGCAAAUGACCUUUAAGGACUUACGAGACCCGGAGAAAUAUGAAUGGAAUUACGAAGAGCUCAAAGCGAAGCAUUUCCCCAUCUCAGCAUUCGAUGCCGACCUCAUUAUGCCGGGCCCUCUUUGGCCUCAGCCAGGGAAGGCUGUGCACAUUUCUCUGGCCCAAGUCAACUUCAUUCGUGGCGGCGUGAUAAUCGGGUGGUGUGUUUUUCACAUGGUCGGCGAUGCCACGACCUAUCUCACUUGGACCAAAGUCUGGGCAGAAGAGUGCCGCCGCACCCAGGGCCUUGAGAUUUCAACUCCUGUUGUUAUCGAUGAUGCCAUGCUUGCCGACAGGCUGCGUGUCACAAGCCCUUCUGGCCGCAACAAAGGACGGCCGGAGGACCACCCGGAGUACACUAUUCUACCUUUUACGCCAACAGGAGCAUCUCUCACGAUGCUAAGCACGACAUUCCGUGGUCAGGUCUUUUACUUUUCUCCAUCUGCGCUCGCUUUCCUCAAGGCCGAGGCAUCACCCAUUCGUGCGACUGAGCCAACAGACCAGCAAUGGAUCUCUACCAACGAUGCCUUUUCAGCUCUUAUGUGGCGUACUGCAGUCGCCGUCCAAGCACAUAUCGACAGCCUUGAAGAUGGCGAGGAUCCGCACUCUGUUUUCAACAUUGCCGUGGAUGGCCGGAAACGUACUGACCCUCAAGUUCACCCUCAGACUCUGUGCUGCUUUCUCCAAUACAUCCCUGUCUCAGCGCUGAUUCGCGAAAUUCUGACUACUUUGAGCCUGGCAGAUCUUGCAGUGCUUAUACGCAAGGAGGUGAAUUUGCGCCUGAACAAUCAGUUCACAGAUGAUAUUGUGACGCUUAUCGAUCAGUUGGAAGAUGUUACCAGGCUAGUCCCAACAGCCUUCUUGGAAGUGCUGGGGAAAUCGUCUGUGCAGACAUCAUGGGCUGAGUUUGACCUGGCAACUGUGGAAUGGGGGCCUUUGUUGGGAGAUAGGAUUGAGGCAAUUCGAUGUCCUAACACAGGCAUACUUCCUGGCUGCCACGUUGUUCUGCCGACCCUGCCGGAUGGUGGUGUCGAGGUGGUAUUUGGCACUGAGGGAAGGCUGUUGCAAAAGGUACUUGAUGAUCCACUAUGGAUGAGGUUUGCGGUGCCAAGAUAG